GCCUGCGGUCUAGCGCUGUCCGAGCGGCGUGAACCGUUAGCCGCGACCUCGGUCGGGGUCGGGGAGUUGUUGAACGCUGCCGUGCAGUCGGGUGCGCGUCGAUGCGUCGUUGGUCUGGGCGGCAGUGCUACCAACGAUGCGGGAGCGGGAUUCCUGCACGCGCUCGGAGCGACUGGCGAUCGCCCGUUAGACCGCGGUCCUGCUGCGUUCGACGGCAUAACGACCUGCGAUCUAACAGCUGUACGACAACGGCUUAACGGCGUUGAGCUCACGAUCGCCAGUGAUGUGGAGUCGGUGUUGCUGGGUAUGUUCGGGGCAUCGAAAACAUUCGGUCUGCAGAAGGGCCUGAGUGAUGACGAGAUCAUUCGCGUCGACGCGAUCUUGGAUAACUUUGUCAAUGCCGUGUGCGGACGUACACCGUCGCAGCGUGCUGUCGCCGAUGCGCGUGGAGCUGGUGCGGCUGGGGGACUGGGCUUUGCGAUGCUGGCGCUGGGAGCACAGUUCACGUCUGGAAUCGACUUGAUUGCCGAAGCCACCGGACUGGUGGAGGCAAUGGCGGUCGCCGAUCUGGUGGUCACCGGUGAAGGUAAAUACGACUUCAGUUCGCGGGCCGGCAAGGUGGUUUACGGGGUGGCCCGGAAUGCGGCGAGCGUGGCUCGUCCGUGCAUCGUACUGGCCGGCAAGGUGGACGUGGGAGCACGUGAAAUGCGUGCGAUGGGAGUUCAGAGCGCGUACUCGAUGACCGACAUUGUCGGUGAGGAUGCGUCGGUGACGGCAGCGGCCGACUCGCUGAGGCGGCUCGCGGCGCGGGUUGCGCGAACGUGGUCGCGAUAG